AUGGCGCCCGGCGGCCCACGAGGUGCUACGGCGACAGCGACUCGUCCUGCUCGGGGCUCUGCCAGUGCAUCACGCGGCCGUGGCGGAAUAGCAAAACGCUCACGCGGUGGUGCUGCACCUCGAGUCGACCGAGAUGGAGAUCUAGUCAUGGACCCGACUGCGGCUGCAAAUGGGAAUAAAUCCGGCUCUGGCUUCAGCAAGCCUAGCAAGCCACCCUCCGGUCCUGCCCGUCGCAACACACCGAGGACCGGCCCAGUUGCUUCAACCGCAAAGCUCCAGCAAAAUCUUCUGCGACAGAUCGGUGGCGAUACCUCACGCUUACCCAACGGGCCCCGCGCAACACGAUCCCAAGCGAAUACGACAACUAUCAAGAUUUUCGGCCUCAAGGCCAGCAAAGCAGCGACUAAUCCUGACGGUGGAGUCAAGAGUCUACUGGAGUUCCUCGAGAGGAAGGCCUCCGGUCUUUCCAACCAUACAGUCACGAUCAAGAAGUCACUUGUCAUCGGUGACUUUGUCUAUGUUCUAGCAAGCAAUGAAGAUAGCGAGGAGAUUCUUAAGCUGAACACCUUUUCAUUUGCCGGGACAAAUCUCAACAUCACGAAGAAUGAAGAUGGAUGGCCACAACGGAUAGAACGCCAAACAGGGUCAACAAUGUCGGAGGCAGCAAAGCAGAGCAAACAACGCUUGCAAGGCGUGCUGGAACAACGAUAUGAUAUGAAUGCCAAGUUGCUCAACUUAUCUGCACUUGGCCAAGAUCCUACGCUCAUGGAGAUGGGGCUUUUCCAAGACAAAGGCCUUGCCGAGAAGACAUUCAAGGUUCUCAUGGCCAUAUGCCAAGACCUGUUCAAGUCAGCCAAGGAGAAGCGAGAGGCAAUCCAGAGCGUCUCUCUCGCCAACAAUGGUAUUGAUUUUGUUGGCCAAAUCUUCGAGCUUGCCGACACUUUCCCAGAUCUCAAACACCUCGACUUGAGCGGGAAUCAGUUCCAGCAUACUAAACAGCUACAACGAUGGCGCGGACACUUCAAGCAUCUAGAGACGCUGCUUCUGCUGGGAAAUCCGAUUAUCGAGGCUGAGCCUGGACACGCAAAUGACUUCAUGUCCUGGUUUCCGAAGUUGCAAAAUCUGAACGGCGCUAUCGUCAGAACCCCGGAACAGAUUGCUGCCGCGGAGGCUGCUAUGCAAGCAAAACCCAUUCCCCAGAACGGCACCGACUUCCGUGAUGUAGCUGGGCUAGGCGAGCAAUUUAUUCGGCAGUUCAUUCCAAUGUAUGAUUCGGAUAGAGCUGCACUGGCGGCUGCAUUCUACGACGAGGAAACUCGGUUCACCUUGGCGGUUUCCAACCAUACACCGAGAGGCGAACAAGAUGCUCCCGUACUACCAUGGGCACCAUACCUCAAAUUCUCUCGCAAUCACGGCAAGAUUACUACCGUGGGUGCCCGUAUGCAACGAUACUUCGUUGGUGUCAACUUCAUUCAGGAUCUGUGGAAGCAGCUGCCUGCCACCAAGCACCCCGACUUAGUUGCUGAAGUCAACAAGUACAUCAUCGACUGCCAUGGGCUUCCUGGCUUACGUGAUCCCACCGGGCAGAGCAACCUCGGCGUCGAUGGCAUGCGCAGCUUCUCGCGCACUUUUACUCUGGGUCCAGCUGCACCAGCCGCCGCCAUCUCUGAGGAGCAACAGAAAGACAUGAUGAUACUGGAGCUCUCAAACCGUACGAACAUGACUCUGGAAUACUCCAAGAUGUGCCUCGAUACCGCGGGCUGGGAUUUCGAUCGGGCGGUCGCCGUGUUCGAGGAGAAAAGAGCGGUACUGGGUCCCGAGGCAUUCAAGCCAACGGCCUAA